AUGGGUCAUUCAUCUUCAACCAUAGUUACUGCUGAUUCAAAUUAUGGUGGUACAUUUCAAGUAACUCAGGUAGCUCUGAUUAAUGGUGUGGCCUAUUGUGAAUUUACUCUAUCAAAUUUUACUGCUACAACGAGUCGACGAAGAGAAUGGAGCAUCUCGUUACUUUCACAAAGCAUACAAUAUCAUCUUCUUGUGGCCCUAGGACCUCUGGAUAGUUCAAAUUCAUUGUUACAGCAUUCCUCAGUGACUGUGAAAACUCGAACAAUUCAACUCAAUCAAUCAGGAACAAUAACAACGAUUAAUAUUGACGAAUCAGACGACGAAGCACUUCUUUUGCGAGCUCAUGGCAUUAUUAUGAUAUUUAUUUGGAUGUUGUUUAUUUCAACAGGUAUUGUUAUCGUUCGAUAUUUUAGACAAUCGUGGUCCGAACGAAAACUUUGUGAUAAACCUAUAUAG